AUGUCCACCAUCUCGCCAUUUUAUCCUGACUUCUAUUUCCCCUCCAUUCCUGAUGCCACCUCCUGUUUCCCGUGCCUGCUAGCCUGUGUCAGACCACGCCCUUGUUAAUACUGCUCGACCGAAUCUGCACCGCGUCCGUUGGCGUGGAAAGCCUGGUGAAAGCAGACGUGCUGCAUCCGCGCAGUGAAAUCCUCACCACCGACUGGCUUGCUACAACGUCAGAUCGGACCCAUUAUCUGCCAGAAUGGCCGGUCAAGCAAAUGGGCACGCCAAAAGGCCCAAGAACGGCGAUUCAAACCCUUCCUCGCAAUUAUCACAAUUGGUGGAGAAGCCCUCUGCCAGAAAGAGUAGAACUCGCCCGCGGAGGAGCUUUUUCGGCUGGCUUUUCAGCAAUGUUGUUAGAAUUACCCUAUGGUACAUAAUUAUUACCACCGCGUUCCGAUGUCCCUCAAGUCCCUCCGAGUUGAACGACAAUUCUCCAAAGAUCUGCAAGCCAUACUUCAUUGCACGAACACACACCGACCCCUAUACUCGACCAUACUACGACUAUUACAUUUCCCCUUAUGCCGAACGCGCUCAGCCCUAUGUUUCCCGAUUUCAGAAGCAUAUUUACACGCCUACAUCAUACUUCGUGAAAGGCAAAUAUGACGUGUACGGGGCGCCUCGUGUGAAACAAGCACAAGUUUACCUUGAGUUGGAAUGGGAGAAACGAGUGAAGCCGCAGAUGGACAUAGCAAAAGGAGCCGUUCAAGAAAAAUAUGACCAGAACCUGGCUCCGCAUCUGGAGAAGGCCACCGAAGUUGUUCAGCCUUUGGUGGAAAAUGCGAAAUUGCAGCUUAGCGAUAUCUAUACCGGCUCCAUUAUCCCGGCAUACAAAUUUACGCUUCCAAUCGCACAGAGAGCAUAUGUGCAAGGCCGUGACCUUACCGUCAAUGUGGCCUUGCCGUAUUUCUGGCAAGCCCAUGACUUCACCAUCGUCUUCCUCAACCGGACGGUUUGGCCGCAACUACGAGUUCUCUACGGGGAAAACGUCGAGCCCCAGUUACUGAAGAUUACCCAACGGCUCGGACGCUAUAGAGACACAAAAAGUAUUCUAUCUGCCGCGGAUGAGGCGAGUCCGACAUCACUCUCAAGCGCGGAAGAUGCCCCCCUGGCGGACGCUCCUAUCGCAUCUACACCGACUACCGGUACAACAACUUCCAGCAGUUCUGCCUUGCCAUCAAGCUCGGAAACAAUGUCACCGGAUGAUGUCCGCGAAAAGAUCGAGUCGGACCUUCGCACCUGGCAAGGAAAAUUCGCAAAAGCUGCAGACAAAGGAGCGGAGGACCUGGAAGAACGGGUUCGCGAACUCACAGCGAAGCAGGUGAACAACCAGGUCGAAGGUGUCGGUAAAGCUCUGAUCGUGCAACUCGAACAGACGAUCGAAUCGAGUCUCAAGAAACUGAAAAGCACUAUCAAGAACAUUGUGCAAAGGCUACCUAGCGAUCCUGAAGAAGAGGAAAUCGAACAGGCUUGCAACGAGUCAGUGUUGGCCAUUCGAUCUGCAGGAGGGUCCAUUAAGGAGAGAGCCCAGGCGAUCCGAUCUUGGAAAGCGAACUUUAACAGGGAAACGCUCGACUUGGUCCAGUCGGCAUCGGAUUCCACACUUGAGGUCAUCGAUAAUAUCCGGGACCUUGGUCUGCAAGAGAUCGGCAUGAGAUGGGCCUGGAUGGAGGGCGUCACCUACAAGGACUGGUCGAAAUAUCAUCAGCUCAAAAAGACCUUCGAUGAAUGGAGAGAUGAAGUUCAAAGCGUUGCUCUUCAGCAUGAAGGUCUGCUGCGAGCGCAAUCUGAAGCCGAGGCGCUUGAAGAUGAGGGCAUGCUGCUAGCCGAAGAUGCUGCUAGAGAGCUGCUUCGGUUGAAGGAUGUAGCUCGGUGGAAAGCGAUUUCAAAGGACGAUACCGACGACUUUAGCACAAAAUCCAUCCCUCCGAUUGUGAUCAAAAAGGCGAAAAAGGCGACGGACGUUGCGAAAGAAGCUGCCGCUGGAUUGAGCAAUUCUUCCUCCUCUACUGCUGGGUCUCUUGAGUCCGCUGCCUCUGUUGUGACGGAGGAUCUGCCUUCAAGCGCCACGUCAUUAUCUGGUGAAGAAUCUGGCUCUUCGACCAGUCUGCUGUCGAAAGCAUCAGAAGCGGUUGUUGGCUCCGAACAGGGAUCACUAGAAAGCGCUUCUUCUGCUGCAAGCUCGUCCCUCUCGGACUCAAGUAAUAGUGCGUCAAGUAUGCUUUCUGCCGCGAGCUCGAAUGCCGAGAGUGCUCAAGGGAGUGCUGUCUCAGCAGCGAAGGAGAAGGUCGAUCAAGUCAGCGGGGCCGUGAUUGGGACUCCUGCUCCCCCCUUGGAAGACGCAUCUUCAAGCGCCAGCGAUCCUGCUUCCGAGGCUACCGAGUCAGCUGCAAGCGCAACCAAGCGGGUCCUGGGCGGUGCUGAGGCACAGUUUGUCCAGGCAAGAGAGGUUGUUCUUGAUUCGCCUCUCAAUGACGACGACGCAACGUUGGGCGAGAAAGUUCAAGAGAGGCUCGAGCAACUAUCUAGCAUAGUGAGAGAAGCUAUCGUUAGGCCUUCCAGCACACAUGGUGCCGUGGAGUCCGCCACUUCAGUUGCAUCCGAGAAGUUCGACGAAGGAGUUGCAGCCGCAUCAAGCAUCCUUUAUGGAACACAGCAAGGUGCGGUCGAAAGCCUAACAAGCGUUGCUGCCGAGCAGUAUGCAAGUGCUGUCACGGCGGCAUCUUAUGCGAUCUACGGAACGCCAACGCCGGUGCUGCAGUCCAUGAUGGCAGAAGCGUCUUCUCGUUAUGAGGAGGCUCUCCGCGUUGCCAGCGAACAAUACGGCAUUGCAAAGAAUCGUGUCGAACAGCAGAUCAGCGGAAAGCCUCAGCCGGUGCACGAGAAGAUGCUUCGCUCUGUCGGGGAUGCGUACUCCGACGCGGUUGCGACCGCGAGCUCCAAGUAUAGCUCAUUAUUCUCGACGUCCACCGUCCAAGUCAUAUAUACUCAAAAGCCAACCGCCGCCCUCUCCAGCAUAUCCGCGGUCGCAUCGUCGCAGCUCUCACAUGCCCUUGACAUCGCAUCCACUCAGUAUGCCAGUGCCACCAAGGCUAGUGGCCUGGAACCUACUCCGGUCCGCAAGCAGUACCUUGCCGAUGCGCGCCGGCGUUAUUAUGAUUCCAUCGGCCAGGCUCACGCACAGUUCGAGGAGUUCUUGGAUUCGGCCGAAAGCAUCGUGUACGGCACGCCUACGCCGGCUUAUCAGAGUUUCUUGAGUCAUGCCUCAGAGGCCGUGGUGGGCACACAAACUCCGGCCUACGAGUCCUACAUAUCGGUCGCGAGCGCUAACUACGAUUCUGCGGUGGCUGCGGCCUCCUCAGGCUUUUCUGCGGCCUUGGACUCUGCAAGCUCGGCAGCUGGGGUAACCAGUCAACCUCCAGCGCAAAGCGUUCUCGAUGACGCAUCGUCAUACUACAGUUCGCUCACCUCUGCUGCCGGUUCUUCACUUUCUCAAGCAUCUGAACAAGCGAGCAGUCAAUUUUUGGGGACGGCCACCGGAAAGGCUGAGCCGGUGGCUUCCCAAGCUUCCCAAAACUUGGAGGACGCCGUGUCGAGGGCUAGUGUGGCCAUCUACGGCACUACGACCCCAUACCAUCAGGCCGCCAUUUCGCAGGCCGGUUCCUAUGCGGCCGUGGCCACAGGCGCUGCAGCAGCGCAAUACUCGUCACUACAAGCGCUCGUCUCGGAACUUAUCAUCGGGCGAGAACCGGAUUACACCGAAAGUGUGAUGAACAGGCUAUCGUCGGCAUACCAUACUGACUACCCAGCGAUGGCUUCCGUUGCUGCCUCAAUGGCAGACGAAGCCUACUCUCAAGCCUCCGCUGCCGUUGCAUCUGCGUUCACUCCUCCCCCAAUUGUCGAAUCCAUCAUCAACGCCGCCGCCUCCCAAAUGAACUCGGCGAUCGAAGCCGCCAGCAUCCAGCUGUACGGCACGGAGAAAGGCUCCUUCGAACAGGCGACCGAGGCUGCGUCAAGCAAAUACAGUUCUGCAUCGAAAGCAGCCAGCGAAGCCAUCUAUGGUACUCAGCCUGGCUUUAGCGACGCCUACCAGAGUGCGGUCGCCAACGCCGCUAGUUCGGCAUCCAGCGCCAUCUCCGUCGCCAUCUACGGUACGCCGACACCCACCCUCUCCGGUGCUGCGAGCGUGUAUUCGAGCAUCACCGCUGUGGCGGGAAGCGCCGCGGCGGAGAACUACGGGGCCAUCCGGUCGAGGUUGAGCGAAGCGGUGUAUGGGGAGGAGCAAGGUGCGUUUGAGAGCGCGACGAACCGUGUCUCGGGUGCGGUGGAGAGUGCGCGGGCGAGGUUGUCGAAGAUGAUGGAGGAUGCGAAGGAGCAUGCGCUGGGUGGGGCGCAGAAUGUCGGGCAGAUGGUGGAGGAUACGGCGAGUACGGUUCAAGAGCGACAGAAGGAUGAAUUGUGAGGAGAUGUGGUGGAGAAGCGAGGAUUGAGGGCGAAAAACGAAUGAUCAGUGAGGAUGUGACGAUUAAUAGCGAAGAGGAGGACGGUAUUUGCGGAAAUUGAUCGAUAUGAGCAAGAGAAAGCACGUUUGAUGAAGUAUAUGAAGAUACUCCACAUAGUUUUGGCAUUUCCUUUGUCGUUGUUAUUCUCUUCUGUCCCGCACUGUCUCCAAGUCCCUGU